GUAGAAAAUUAUAUUAACAGUAAAUAUAGGAUGUAGGAACUUGAUACUAGGGAUUACUUUCUAGUAACAAUACAAAUAUGGCUAAGCUGUAUAGACUGAGGUUCUUUGCCUUGAAAAGGUGAAGACAAAAACAAAAAAAGCAAAAUGUAAAUAUCCUUUCUACAACCAGUUACCAAUGUACUAUUUAUUAGUAUGUAAUGUGUAUUAUUAAAUGUAAUGUAUAAAAAGUGUCUUCCAAUAUAAAAUCUAGUUUUGAUUAUGUAAAUGUCACGACUCAUUAUGAUGCAUUCGAUCAAGUGUCAUGACAUAUCUAACUCGUAAAAUAAAUAAAGCACAUAUGUUAAUUAAGUGUAAACUUCGUCAAAACACAUCGUUUCUCUCACCGAUAACCCUGUGACCGUCAGUUUGUGGUGUUACGAAAUUGUUAUUCUGAUACUAAUUCAAUCCGUGAUGGUCGGAUCUAACAGUCUCAAUCGAUUAAGAUGACAGUAAUAUUCUUAAUUCUACUCUUUAUAAGUGCGUCCAAAGCCGAUCACAGUGUUGAAGAAAGAUGUAGUAACUCUUCACAGUCUAGUCUAUUAUUCGAACCGUCGAAGGAUGGUGUGGAAGGACGGUAUGCGGUGGAGUGGUGUACGAAGGCCGAUAAUAAUGUUACAAAGUGGGAGUUAGUGUUACGUUACAUCGAAUCUCGGGCUCCAAAAAAGUGUCAAACCUACAAAGUGGGCUUCCCAAUAGGACAAUCGCAUUCAAGAUUGGAAUUACCGGUUACAAUUGAUUCAAACUGUAGUCAUGUUUGUCUUUCAACAUUUUUGGAUUUAAUAUUCAAUGGUACUUGCUACCACUUGAGGACACUGUUGAGAAGCAACACAGGCUUCAGCAGCUCUGAUGACUCCCUGCACUAUGUCAUCAACAACUACACAAAACAGCACUUCACAGGCAGUAAGGCUGUAGUCUCUGUACAAAGUUACGAAGGCGGCGUGGAGCUCAACUGGUACCUGGGCUUCAUCCCCGCCACGGACUACUCUGUGUACAUCUGGGACAAGGACACCGAGUCGUCGCCGGCGGAGCUGCGAUGCCAGGCGGGCGGGUCUCUGCUGAGCGAGGUGCGGUGCGUGGCGCAGGUGCCCGCCCGCUGCUACACCGCGCACCUCACUCACCGCGCGCCUUGGAUCGCCGCGCCCUCCGUUUUCGGCCAUCUCGCCAACAUAGAAUACGUCUUCUGUCACUCCCCGGGCGGGGUGCCGGUGGUCCCGUCCGACAGGUGGUGGGGGUGGCGGGAGUGGUGGCGCGUGCUGUGCUCGGUGGCCGGCGUGCUGCUGCUGGCGGGGCUGCUGCUGUGGACCCUAAGGAAGAGACUCGUGGCCGCCUGGAAACGACGCGUACGAGACCGCUGGCUGGCCGAUUCCAGCAGUUCGUCGUCGCCGGUGAAGGCCGGGCCGGGUGAGGGCGUGAUCCUACUCCUGUACGCCCGGGACUGCGUCCUCCUGGAGCGCGCGGCGGACGCUCUGCGGAGUCUGCUGCAGGCCGCCUCGGGCCGUCAAGUGCUGGACCUGUACAGCAGCUCGUCCGUCAGGUUGUGGGCGCGCUCCGGCGAGGACUGGCUCCGCCUGCUAGUGGCCAGGGAGGAUACGCGCGUCGUGCUCCUGCAGACGCCGGCCGGCACCCUGCUGUCCGCCGACCUGCUCCAUACGCGCCACGGACCCACCCCGGGCGCCCCCCUGCUGCCGAGCCGCGCGUUGUGCCGCCGCCCUCACCCCGGGGACUCCCUGCUGCCGCUGGCUCUCCGCCUCUUGGUGACGGCUCCUCCCCCCACACCCUACACCAGACACUAUGUCUCCAGCAUCAGCGGCGUGGAGGCGGACAUGGCGCCGGCCGUGACUCCUCUCCGCCGCUACGUGCUGCCAGAGGCCACGCCCGUCCUGCUGCGGGACCUGGCGCCCGCCCCCGCCGCCCACGACGCCCAGCUCCAGCGGUUCACGGCCGCUCUCCAGCAGUUCACCGACUACGUCCGGGACAACCCCGACUACCUCACGGACGAGCUCAUCUUCAAGUGACUCUCGCCCACGACACCCUCGCCAUAGAUAUUAUCGAACGCCCUCUCUGUACCGUGAACUCUCUCACGUAUAGUCCGGGGAGGAGCCGGCCGGGACAUGUUUUAUACGAGCGGCGCUCGAGAGUCCCGCUCUAUCCUCAGAAUAAAACGUACACCACUGAGCAUAGACUUGAAGUCUCACAGUGGUGGCGAUGCCUCACGAGCGCCACCUCCACUACCCUGAACCUGUGUAGCGUGUCGGUCGAGCCUCCUCUACUGCGUGUGUUAUUUUGUUACAUUUCUUGACUAACGCAAGCCGUCGUCUGUACCUGAGUAGUGACUGUAGUGUAUGAGUAAAGCCUCCUCGUGUCGAAGCCGCUGUGUGUUGCUCGACCUCACCUUAUCGGUGAACUCGACUCGGAGAUAUUUUUGUAAAUUUUUAUUGUUGUUGUUGUUAAGAAAUUGAUAUUUUUACAUUAUUAUACUGUAGACACUGUUAUCGAAGGCGACACUGUGUCGGACGUCCUCGGCCCCCGCCCGCACAGGAGUGGACUGGGCACGCUGUCACAGCUGGUGCUACAUCGUCGCUGCGAGGCUCCAUUGUAUACAAGGAGCGCGUCGCCGAUACCUCUUACUUAGAUUCGUUAUUAUUGUAUACUUUUUAUAUUAAAUACUUGUUAAGCCAAAGCGUCGUCCGCAGCCCGCAUAUGUGUAUAUAAACUAACUCCUCAUCACAUCGCCACGUGCCACGUCCAGCGACCAUGUUGUUGGUUGUCACAUUUUAGUAUUAUUUAUAGCAACGUCGUCAAUACAAUACAGGGAUAUACAAUGCAAUAUACGAGUGUACAGAUUCUUUUAUUCUAAGCAGUCACAUAGAGGCGAUCGCGUCGCCGCCCGCGCCGGUGGGUGUCGGCGACUCUUCUGAGUUUCAUCACUGUACAAUAAAUUGUUACUUCUCUAUAUACAUACAAUUCGAAUGAAUUAUUAAAACCAAGCGAAUACUACUACUACUACUUCUUACCUAUUUAUUAUAUCACUGUGAGUUUAGGUGGAUGUCGCCCGGAUGAUCGUCCUCGUAUGUGCAAUUUAAGUGCCCUUUAUGAAUACAUAACACACUGUGUUGCUGUUAUACUUUUGUUAAUUAAAUAUACACGUGAAACUGU